AGGGCGUCGAGCUGGGCCAUGAACGACACGACGAAGGGCGUCAUGGGCUGGGGGAAGCAGGGCGGCGAGCUCACGCCCCAGGCCGUGGCUGGGACGCCCCGCUGCCCGCCGAGGUACCGCCACGACGGCUGCUUCGAGUCGGCCUACCAGAUACACCGAGUCUCAUCGGCACCUCGAACAAGAAUGCCGACAGGCUCGCCGUCACCCUGGCCAGCGUCCUGGCCGGGCUGCCGCCGCUGUCCGUCCACCUGAAGAUCGACGCGGAGGGCGGCGAGUGGGCCCAGCUGGAGGCGCUCCUCCAGAGCCCGGAGGACCUCGGCCGCAUCCGAACGCUGGACAUGGAGAUUCACUUCUACAUGGACGAGUGGUCUGCCGCCGCCCAGUGCCAGCACGCCGAGGAGCUGAGUAGGAAGGUCGGCGUCGUCGAGGAGCUGGCGCGCGUCUUCGCGGUCGCGGGCACCACGCUGCAGGCCACGCUCGAGAAGCAGGCCUACCGCGGGGUCGUGGCCGCGGACGCGAACAACGCCCGCUGCGGUCGCG